UCCCAGCUGAGAUUAGAAAAUAACAGCAUGGAUCAGAUGAUCCAGGAGCGUGAGCAGAAAAUCCAGGAGCUUCAACAGUCAGUGAAGACCAGCAGAAGUAAAGCUGAGGAGGCGUUAUCGUACAGCAGGAAGGUGAUGACCGCUUUGGUGCAGCACAUAAAGACAGAGUUCACCAGACUGUCUGAGGCGAUCGAGACGAAGCAGGAAAUAAAUGAGACGGAGGCAGAAAGCUUUAUUGAUGAGCUGCAGGCAGAGAUUACACACAUGAAGAAGAAGAAGCUGCAGUUUCAUGAAGCUUCGCUCAUCAGAGACCCCUUCAGCUUCCUGGAGAACGUCCUCCCUCUUACCUACAAUAAGCCCCAGCUGCAGGACUGGUCUGCUGUGACUGUAACCAGUGACCAGUUUAUGAUUCAGGAGACCCUGGAUCAGCUGGAGACAAAAGUCAGAGAAGAAGUCAGCAUGCUGUGUAAUAUCAACUUCAGAUGUGGGAAACAACAGAGGACGAGUAACGUCUCAAAAUACAAGGACAUCAUCUCCAGAAGUGAUCUGAUCAGUUCAGGACCUCCUGCUGUCUACCAGCUGAGAGCAAAGAAACAGAAGUUUGGAACAAGAAUGACUGUUGGAGAAAAAAAACAAGACAAGCCAAACAGAACCAUCUUACUGGUGGGAGAAACAGGAGCAGGAAAAUCCACACUGAUCAACGCUCUGCUCAACUACACCAUGGGAGUGAAGUGGGAGGAUGAAGUCUGGUUUACGAUUACAGAAAGUCAGACAGAAGGACAGACAGAAAGUCAGACAUCAGAUGUGAUGGUGUACGAGAUCUUUGGUUUUGAAGAUGAAACUCUGCCCUACUCUCUGACCAUCAUCGAUACUCCUGGAUAUGGAGACACCAGAGGGACUGAACAUGAUGACAUCAUCAGUUACAGAUUGUUGGACUUGUUUGGAUCAGAUGAUGGAGUCCAUGAAAUUCAUGCAGUGGGUCUGGUGAUGAAGGCGAGUGAUAAUCGACUGAGUGACCGACUGCUGUAUGUCUUUGAUUCAGUGAUGUCUCUGUUUGGAAAAAACUUGGAGAAAAACAUUGUAGCUCUGAUCACACACUCAGAUGGAAGAAGACCUAAAAACCCUCUUCAAGCUCUUGAAGAUUGGAAUAUUAAAUGUGCCAAAAAAGGGAAGAAUCAGCCAGUUUACUUCCUGUUUAAUAACUGCCAGCUUGAAGAUGAGGAAGAAGAAUUUCUGACACUAAAUUUUGAAAGAUCAGAGAGAGGAGUGAGAGAGUUCACAGCCUUCCUGAAAGAAAGUACACCUGUGCAGCCAGAGGCAACUCCUGAAGUGUUAAAGGAAAGAAUCAGACUGACAGCCUGCAUCCAAAACCUGCAAGAAAGAAUCAGAUUCACUGAAGUGAAACAGAGAGAGAUGAAACAGACUCGGGAAGCUCUGCAGAAGAAUGAAGUGGUCACUCCAUGUGUUGUUUUUAAACAUAAAGAACCUAUCAGAGCAGAGACGUGUGGGCCGGGUUUGAAAGCAGCUGUCAGCUGUACAGUCUGUGAGGAGAACUGUCACUAUCCUGGAUGCACGGUGCCCUUAAAUCACUGUGAGGUCUUUAGAGAUGGUCUCUGCACGUCAUGCACCAACAAGUGUCCUGCAUCAGUGCAUGUGAAAGGAAAGAGGAGAUAUGUGACCAGGAUAAGGAGAGGUCAGAAAAAUGAACCACCAGCAGAAGACAAGGAUGUUUAUUUACUUGGAAAGGAAAUGAACCGACUGACAGCUGAGAAGGAAAAGUGGUUCAAUGAGUCCUACCAACAUGUUGUCAGACUGGAGCAGAUCGCUCUGAAAGCUGAUUCAGUGUCCACUGUUGUCCACUUGGACUUCCUGAUUGAGAAGAUGAAGCAGAAAGGAGACACAGAGAAGGUCCAGAAACUGGAGGAGAUGAGAAGGAGAGAGGAUAAAAGAAGCAAAGGAGCACAGAGGAUCAGUUUGAUCUCAUCACCACAUGAAGACAUCAUCUCAGACAGUUUUCUCAUCAGGUCAGGACCUCCUGCUGUCUACCAGCUGAGACCAAAGAAAGAAAUGAUUGGAACUCUGACAAGAAUCACUGUUGGAGAAAAAAAUCUAAUCAAGACAAACAGAACCAUCUUACUGGUGGGAGAAACAGGAACAGGAAAAUCUACUCUGAUCAACGCUCUGCUCAACUACACCAUGGGAGUGAAGUGGGAGGAUGAAGUCUGGUUUACGAUGGUAGAGGAGAAGAAGAAGAGAGGUCAAACAGGAGGUCAGACAGAAAGUCAGACAUCAGAUGUGAUCGUGUACGAAAUCUUUGGUUUUGAAGAUGAAACUCUGCCCUACUCUCUGACCAUCAUCGAUACUCCUGGAUAUGGAAACACCAGAGGGAUUGAACAUGAUGACAUCAUCAGUCACAGAUUAUUGGACUUGUUUCAAUCAGAGGAUGGAGUUCAUGAAGUUCAUGCAGUUUGUUUGGUGGUGAAAGCAAGUGAUAAUCGAGUGAGUGACCGACUGAAGUACAUCUUUGAUUCAGUGAUGUCUCUGUUUGGAAAAAACUUGGAGAAAAAUAUCAUAGCUCUGAUCACACACUCAGAUGGAAGAAUACCUGAAAACCCUCUUAAAGCUCUUGAAGUUGCAGAAAUUAAAUGUGCCAAAAAUGAGAAGAAUCAGCCAGUUUACUUCCUCUUUAAUAACUCACAGUAUGAAAGCCGAACAGAAGAAAACAAGUCUUCAAAACUUUCAUGGGAACUCACACAGGAAAACAUGAAUCAAUUGACAGACUUCAUGGGAAACUCUAACCCUCAAAAACUGAUGAAAACAGCCGAAGUGCUAAAUGAACGAAUCAGACUGAAAGCCUGCAUCCAGAACCUGAAAGAGAGAAUCGAGCUGGGUGAACUGAAACAGACAGAAAUCAGACAGAAGAGAGAAGCUCUGAAGAAACAUGAAGAAAAACAGCGAGAAGAAAAGAAAAAGCUUGAAGAAGCUAAAAAAAACUACGAAACUCUAAAGAGCCAAGGAGAAGAGAAACAUGAAGAAGCUCAAAAAAUCCAACAAAGUAUAAAGGAACAUGAAGAAGAGAUGAAGAGGAAUGAGAUGUUCACUGUAGAAGUUGAUGAGCCCUACAAAGUGAAAUAUCCUAUUGAUGGGAAGUCGCGGUUCCUGGACGAGUCCUACCAACAUGUUGUCACACUGGAGCAGAUCGCUCUGAAAGCUGAUUCAGCAUCCACUACUGUCCACUUGGACUUCCUGAUUGAGAAGAUGAAGCAGAAAGGAAACACAGAGAAGGUCCAGAAACUGGAGGAGAUGAGAAGGAGGACUGUCCAGGAGUUGGCAGAUGCUUUAGUCCAGGUCUGGGAGAUCCCUCAGGAGAACAUCUGCCACCUCAUCAGGAGCAAUGCCCAGGUGUUGUAG